AUGAGAUAUAAAAAUUUAGAUAUUUCAAUCUUAUCAAUGGUCUAUCGGUUAAUUUCAUCUUUAACUCUACUUUUACUAUUCAUGAUACAAACAAAAGGAUAUGUUGCGUCCAAUAAUGGAGUUCUAAUACAAGGUCUGAAGUUCACUGAACCAUGUCCAGAACGUGGCUACGAUUUUAAUGAUCCUACUGGAAAUUUUAUGUGUGUAGUACCAACACCAAAAGAAUGUUUUCAUUUAUGCCAAAAUAUGGGUUGUACAGAAUGGAAUCAUAUGAAUUUAAUUCCAUCAGGAAGUGAAGAAAUUAAACGAUAUCAUAGAUGUCGAUGUUUUCCUGAAUAUAAUAUGUGUUUUUAUAAUUAUGUACCUAAAAUACAUCGUAAUUUUGAUUAA